AUGAAGAAGCAUAGGGUCUUCCACCUGUUUCUUCUGAUAUUCUGUAAAACUGUUAAUCUUGUCACCACCUCUUCUCCAAGAGAACACAUAUUCGAAUUCACUGCUCCACUCUACAAUUUAUCCGUCGAAGAAAAUUCCAUUGGUUCGAAGUAUGCACGCUCCGAGAACGCUACGAAAAUUGGUGUCCCGCUGCCGGAAAAAGAUGCGAAUUGCAAAUUUCGAGUUGCCGAAAUUGCGGGUGAAAAGUCAUCGCUUUUCAAGGCGCAUGCUCGACAAGUCGGCGACUUUGUUUUUCUACGAAUCCGCUACAAAGGUGACAAUCCACUCAACCGAGAACUAAAGGACUUCUACGACAUCUUAGUCAAAGCGACAUGCAAACGACGAGAUCUCUCGAAUCUCGAAACCACUGCUCGGAUCCAUUUACGAGUGAUUGACAAAAACGAUGCGAGUCCUCUGUUUCUGGUUGAUGAGCAAGGGUACGAAGCUGUCAUUGAUGAUGAUACUGAGCCAUUUUCCACUGUUCUCCGAGUAGAAGCCUCUGAUGCAGACAUUGGAAUCAACUCUGCCAUUUAUUUCUCGCUAGUCAAUCGGUCUCAUGAUUUUCUCGUUGAGCCGGUGUCUGGAUGGAUCAGAACUCUACGUCAUCUCAAACCAGGAAAGUAUUCAUUAAAAGUAAAAGCAGAAGAUAGAGCUUCUCGUCUUUACUAUUAUGACGAAAAUGAAGUACAGGCUCCAUGGACAGAAGAUGUUUUGAUCACUGUUCGGGAAACGAAGCCGAAGAAAACAAAAACCUCAGUCGAUCGGCGGAAAAUCAGCCCGAAUAUUCUGAAAAAUCGACAACUGGCUGCGGUAAUAACAUUGAAAGACGCUCCAAAAGAAGUGCUAGUCGGAAUGAAAAGUAAUGAAAAAGAGCAUUGGUUUGAAAUUGAACCGGAAGGAAAACUAACGGAAGAAGUACGAUGGUUGCUGUUUGCGAAAAACGGAACCCAGAUUCCAAAAAACACCAAUGUCACUAUAACUAUUGGAGAGGACUACGUAUCAAAAAGUGGAUUUUCGAUUAGCAAGAAACCAAUUGUUCCUGUGAAUGAAACAGUCACAGUUCAAAUUGAACAUUUUCUUGAGCAUUCAGUUCAAUUUAACGUAAAGGAGGACUUGAUGAUCAAAACAGACGAGAUGGCUCCGAUCGGAAGAGUUUUGGCCCGAUUUAACAAUUGCACUCUUGAGAAUCCUGAUGAUGUUUCGCUAAUGCGAUUUUCCAUUUCUGAUCCUUCUUCAAACAUUUCACUUCCGUUCACAAUAAGUUCCAAAUCGGGAGUUCUUCGAGUCUCUUCGAAAUUAUCAAUUUCGGAGAGAGUCUACAAGUUCAAAGUAGCUGUAUCUCUUCACGGGAUUCAAGGGAAGAAAGACGAAAGAGAUGUUUAUGUAGAAAUUGUGGAUUCAAAUAACCAUUCACCAGUAUGGUCCGCAAAAUGGAUGAGACAAGCGCCGAUUCCAUUAGGAAAACCUGGAGACGUUCUUCUAAAAGUUGAUGCAACGGAUCAAGACGAAGGAGACAAUGGAAGAGUUGUGUACAAGAUCAACAGUGAAAUUCCAUUCGAAAUAAACGCCAACACUGGAGAGAUAACUCUGAUCGAAGUUCCGACAAAGAGUAACAAUUGGAUGGUGACUGUGUGGGCUAUUGAUUUAGGACUUCCGUUAUCAAGAAUGUCUGCGCUGAAUUUGAUGUUCUAUAAAAAUGGAACAAAGGUUCCCGCCAAGCCAAAACCGGUUAUCAUUCAAGAAAGUGAAAACAAGCACUCUCCAGUCUUUUCUUCAUUUCCAGAAGUUGUGGAAGUAACCGAAGAUGCUCCAAUCGGAACGCUGUUUAAUAAAAAUGGAAAGAGAGGGGUCAUAGGGAAACUACUAGUUAAAAUUUUUGAUUUUCAGGUUGUCGCUAAACUUCAAUCCAGUGAUGAAGAUGCUGGAUACAAUGGUCUGAUUCGUUACGUUAUCCAGGACAUCUCUGGAAGCUCACAUGAGAUCUUGAGUGUUGACGAACAGAGUGGAGAGAUUACUGUAGCAUCCGAUCUGACGCUUUUAAUGAAAGAGAAACAGAAAGUUGUAGAGAUUCAGGUAGUAAAAGUGAGCGCUGUUGAUGCUGGAACUCCUGUUAAGUCUGCCACCAGAACAAUGAAGCUCCGCAUUAAAGAUGUCAAUAAUCAUUCACCACACUUUGAUGAGUUAGGGGAUGUCUCCACCAUUUUUAUUUUUCAGCCGUCCUACUAUCUGGCAAUCAGUGAGAGCGAAAAACCAGGAAAAGAUAUUUUCAAAGCAACUGCCAACGAUUUCGAUGGAGGAAAUAAUGGAAAAAUCAAAUUUUCAUUGGGCAAUAAUGGAGCAGAAUCAUCAGUUAUUUCGAUUGAGCCCAAGACUGGAAUAAUCAAACUUCUGAAUCCACUGGAUCGAGAAGAACAAGAUGUGCACUAUUUUUCUAUUAUUGCAUCAGACGACGGAGACCCAGCUAGGAUUACGGUCACCAACCUUACAAUCACUGUUGACGAUGUCAAUGACAAUGCACCGAGAUGUGUGUCUCAAGUUGCCAAAGCUCGAAUCCCGGAAGAUUUGCCACAUGGUGCAUUUGUUGCAUGUUUGGCUGCUUUUGAUGAAGACGUUGGAUUGAAUUCGAAGCUGAAGUUUUUACUGAACGCGGAAAAAGUGCCAUUCAGAGUUGAUCAUCACUCCGGUUGCUUGCUCGGUAACUCUCCUGAUGUCCCUCUCGACUACCAGAAAACUCCAAAUUUCAAUUUGUCGAUUGAAGUUGCCGAUCACGGAGAGCCAAUGCUUUCCACCACUUGCUUUUUGGAAGUGGAACUUGUCGAUGUCCCACAUAAACAUUUAGCGAUUGAGUUUGAUGACGUUGCGAAAGAAGCAAGUGUCUAUGAGAAUUCUGAAAUCGGAACUGAGGUUAUCAUGGUGGAGGCAAAAGAAAUGGGAGAUGAACAAAAGGUGAAAGCUGAAAAUUUGGAAUACCGCAUUAUUGGAGGAAACGGCUGGCCAUAUUUUUCAAUUGAUCAAAAAGGAACAGUUCGAACUACCCAUAUUUUGGACCGCGAAAAAAGAUCGGCAUAUUGGAUUACUGUAGAAGCUAGAGACGCAAAAACCGACUUUUAUAAAGAUCCGAGACGAAGAGCGGUUCUUCAUGUUUUCAUUCGAAUUCUCGACAGAAAUGAUCAUCGUCCAGUAGCCAAAAGUGCAAUGUACAUCGCGAGUGUUCUUGAAAACUCUCCAGCCAACGUAGUUAUUGUGAAAGUGGAAGCUACUGAUGCAGACGACAUUGAUAACGAUGGUGCAGCUCCACUCACUUUCAAAAUUGAACGAGGAGAUCCACAAUCAUUCUUUAGAAUUGAUCUAGCUUCUGGAUACAUAACAACUUCUGGGAUUCGACGAUUGGAUAGAGAGAAACAAGCUGAACAUGAACUUUGGAUUUCAAUUUGUGACGGAGGAGAGCCACAAUUGUGCUCGAAUGUCGUUGUGAUUGUGAAGGUUUUGGACGAAAAUGACAAUGCCCCUACAUUCACCCAAGCUAUGCAUCAUUACAAUGUUCGAUCGAAACACAUUGGAAAACUUUGCCGAAUCUUUGCUGUCGACAUUGACGAAGGAGAGAACUCUCACUUAUCAUACAACGUCACAGAAGGAGACCCACGUUUCUCAAUCGAUGAGAAUGGCAACAUUAUGACAUCGGAAGCAAUCCAUAGCGAUGAAAGCUAUGCACUGACACUUCAAGCCACUGAUCAUGGUAGUCCUUCGCAGCAAUUUGCAGCAACUCGAGUCGUUCUGACUGCUGUAGGAUCCAGCCAGAAAACGAAAAAGUCCAAGAAUUCUCCACCUGUCAUUUCUGGAAAGAAAUCGGAUUAUGUCAUCCCGAUAUCCGACGCAGAUCAAGUUGGCCUCACUGUUGGAAAAUUGGAAGCGACUGAUGCAGAUGGAGACGAUUUGUGGUGGAAUAUCUUUUCGGGAGAUUCAGAUUCGGUAUUCGAUGUUAGACAAGAUACUGGACAACUCUUGUUAGCCAAGAAAGUGGAAUUGCUAAAAAGAGGCGAACUUCGAUUGAACAUCAGCGUCACCGAUGGACAGGAUGUGGAUCAUACUACUGUCAUCAUUCAAGUCUCCCGUCAGAUCUCCCAAAGACCAGCGUUCUCUGCUAAUCGUUACGACACUCUGGUUUCAGAAAGAGUCGCAGUUGGAACACAAAUUCACACAUUGAAAGCUACGGGCGAGAAUCUCGGAACGAAACCACUCGUGUACAGCUUGUUCAGCAUUGAUGAUAUAGCGAUGGAAGAUAAGAUUCGUGUGGAACCAAGCAGUGGAAAUGUGAUUGUCAUGGAGCCAUUAGACUACGAAGUUGCAUCUCAAAUCCGAGCAGUUGUGCAGGUUCAACAAGCUAAUAUGAAGAGUUUUUCUAAACUUAUUCUGGAAGUCACCGAUGAAAACGACAAUGCUCCAUAUUUUGUAGAACACACUGCCUGGGCUUUCGUUGACGAAAACGAUUCGGUGGAUGAUGUUCUUGCUACAGUAACUGCGUUCGAUAGAGACCAAGACGAUAACGGAAUAAUCACAUACUCAAUUGUCAGCGGAAAUGAGGAAUCACUUUUCAAAAUCGAUUCUCACAGUGGAGAAGUUCGAUUGGCUCGUCUAAUUGAUCCAGAAAUGCAACACGUCGUUUCCAUUCUUCGAAUCAGAGCCAGUGAUUCUGCAACGAUAUCUCUGAAAGACGAACUAACUCUUCACAUCAAAAGUUCCAAAUUAACUUCAGAAAAUGCAAAGUUCGAUCGAAAAGUUUACCAAACAUCUCUCCACGACUCAACUAGACCUGGGACACCUGUCCUUGUUCUGAAUGUUCUCCAUCACGGUGCGAUCACAUUCAAACUGGAACCGAAUUGCACUUUCUUUGAUGUUCACACACUUUCUGGAGCUGUUCAUCUUGCCAAAUGGAUCACGAAAGAAAAACAACUGAAGACCUUGGAAUGUACAGCAUAUGUCGUAAACGGGGAUGGGCAACAAGACACAGCAAAGAUCGUGGCGAAGAUCAUUCGAACAAAUCAGCAUUCGCCGGUUUUCCGGAAACAAGUAUAUCGAGGAACUGUUCGGGAGAAUAUGGAACCUGGAAGUUCGGUACUCUCAAAUCGUCAUCUACCACUGGUACUUUUGGCUUCCGACGAAGAUUCCGGAUCGAACGGACUUGUUGGUUAUCGAAUGUUGUCUAAAGCAGAUGAAGAAAUGUUCACAGUCGAUCAGUAUUCUGGAGCGGUUCGGACCAAUAAGGCAUUUGAUUUUGAAAAGAUCAAAGAGCACUCAUUCUAUGUACAAGCAUUCGAUAUGGGUCAACCACCACGUCAAUCCCUCAUGCCAGCUCUCGUUGUCGUCACUAUCUCCGAUGAAAACGAUGAAACACCUAAAUUUGCUUCUCAAUCUCUCGAUGUCAUUAUGUUGCUUCCAACUGCUUCUCAAGCUGUAGUUGGUGGACAGAUGUCGGAUGACGCAGAUUCGAUUGGAACCCUUCGAUACUAUAUCAAGGACUCUUCUUCACCAUUCUCCGUGGAUAGCAAGACCGGAAUAGUUUCUGUGAAAGAUUUCAAAGCUUUUACAAACGAAAAGAAACAUUACAAUGUGGAAGUUUUUGUCACAGAUGGCAACCAAUCAACGUCGUAUACUAUGAAGGUUACAACAACGUCCACAGCUGAAAACUCAAAGUUCAAAUUCACCCGACAAGAAUAUCGAGCAUCAAUCGUUGAAAACUCGACGCUUACUCCGGGUACAGUAAUCUUACCAGUUGCUACAACCGGAGAGAAACAAGUUCACUUCACUAUCGUAAAUCCACAUGAAGCCUUUUUCAUUCAUCACGGAACUGGUGUUAUUUCUGCUACAGGAAUAGCCGUUGAUUGCGAACUGUCUCCGGUUAUUCGAUUGGUUGUGGAAGCGAAAACUCAUGAGAAGAACCCACAAAUUGCAAAAGCAUUGGUACUCAUUGAUGUUCAGAAUGUCAACGACGAAGCACCUAAAUUCAUUGGUACUCCAUACAGUAUUACUGUCGGACCUUCUGAAAUUGGAACAGUGAUAUUGGAACCAAAAGUUAUUGAUAAGGAUGAAGGAGACCAUGCUACGAUUUCUUCAAACGAUAUGCCGCAGUAUUUCAAAUUGGUUGGAGGAAAAGUCGUUCUGGCGAAGAAGUUACCAGCAAUCGAAGAUCAAGAUUUAAAAUUUAGUUUCAAGCUUAUUGCGAAGGAUAAUUCAUCAGUUCAUCAAGUAGAAGAGCCCGUGGUAAUCAGAGUUGUCGAUAAAGCUCGUCCUGUCUUCUCACAAAGUAUGUACACCGCUGUUAUCUCAAAAGAAUCAACGAAGAAGAGUACUGUGCUCGUGCAUGUUUUGGCGAGAAGUUCAUUGCAGGCAAAGUCCAAAGGUCUUAUUGGAUAUCGGAUUAUCGAUAAAGCGAACCUAUUUUCGAUAGAUUAUGUAACUGGAGAAGUUAGGCUGAAAAACUUGAACGGGCUCGAUGCUGCUGAAUACGUUUUCGAGGUUGAAGCUCGUGAAGUUACGCUCCCAAAAAUGGCAUCGAGAGCUCAAGUGAAAAUUGUUGUCAAAUCGAAAUCAGCGGUACAAAAACCAACGUUUGACAAGCAGAAAUAUUCUGUGACUGUUCCCGAAUCAGCUUCUAUUGGUCAGCGUAUCAUCACUAUCAACUCAUCAACUCCGGAUCCAAACGAUAUUCUUCAAUAUAAACUUUCUGGAACUAACGAUGACCAACCCAUGUUCGAGAUUGAUUCUGAAACUGGAGAGGUUUCUGUCAAUAGGCAUUUGGAUUACGAAAAAGUUCAGAAGUACAAAAUGUUAGUGAUUGCUACGUCAUCGGCAAAGCAACAAUCGUCGGAAGCGGAUCUGAUUGUGAUGAUCGAAGAUGUCAAUGAUAAUAUGCCAGUUUUCAUUAGACCAGAAGUGAAGGCUGAGGUUUCGGACGCAGCUAUCAGUGGACAGUUUAUCACCAUCAUGUCUGCAACAGAUAUGGAUACGACAAGCUCUCUAGAUGAUCCAAAUCAGAAACUUCUGUACAAAAUUGUUGAUGGCGAUGAAACACUUUUCAAUAUUUCUCCUUCAACCGGAGAAGUUUCAUUGGCGAGACGAAUUGAACAGGAAGAUUUGACAUCUGAAUCAGAAGAUCCUAAAAAAGUUGUGAACGUCUCAGUAACCGAUGGAAUGUUUACUGCUUAUGCCAAACUCGUUGUGGGUAUUCUAAGAAGUGGAAAAAUGCAACCACCACCCAAAUUCGAACAGAGUCAUUAUGUGGCAACUGCACUCGAGAAUACUAUCGUCAAUAAGUCUGCGCUUCUAACAGUUGCUGUCAAAGGAGGAAUCCCACCACUCAGAUAUUCACUUGGACCAGCUGCCUACUCGAAUUCUUCAUCCAGCAAAGACUCAUGGCCAGUAGCAAUUGAUAAGAAAACUGGAAGAAUCCACGUAUCAAGAGUACUCAACUAUCACAAUGAUAAGUUGUACCAAAUUCCACUUGUCGUGGAGGAUGUCACCAGAAGAAGAGCCUUCUCCACACUAACUUUAUCUGUCAUCGAUAUCAAUGAUAAACCACCAUUUUUCGUGCUCCCCUUCUACAGUACGUCGAUUCCCGAAACUGCGAAGGAAGGAGAUACGGUAUUGAUGGUUUCGGCAACAGAUGAAGAUGAGAAUGAUACGAUCGAAUAUUCUCUAUUGGACGGUGGCGAAUCUCAGUUUUUCUCCGUUCACCCAAGACAAGGAACGAUUACUGUUUCGAAGAAACUCGAGCAUAAAGCAGGCGUCACGUUGUCGCUGACCAUCAAAGCAACUGAUUCUGCUAACCCACCACACCAUGCAACUACAACAGUAGAGAUCAAUGUUGCAAGUGAAAGUGUCAGAGUUCCAAGGUUUUCAAACAGCCAUUACUUGUUCUUCGUUCCUGAAGAUGCUGAUAUUGGAGAUGUAGUUGGCAGUGUUCAACAGAUGGAAACAGAAAUUGAUGAAGUUCGCUUUACUAUCGUGCCUGGAUCAGAAGUAUCCGAUUCUCUGCUACCGUUCAGUGUUGAAAGAUCAACUGGAAAGAUCAUCGUGAAGAGCAGUCUGGAUCGAGAAAGACGAAAACAAUGGAAAAUGACGAUUCGAGCUGAUGCAGCUGGUGGUGUUCAUGCGAUUACUACAGUCACUUUGGAUAUCCUGGAUGUCAAUGAUAAUGCACCUGCCUUCCAUGGAGACUAUGACAAGCUAACGAUUUCGGAAGAUGCAACCGUUGGAACUAGUGUAACUAUAUUUUCUGCAAUGGAUCGUGAUGAUUCUCCGAGUGGCAGAAUUCGUUUCUCGUUGGUUAAUAAGGAUCCACACUUUGAGAUGAAUGGAGAUAGUGGCUGGUUGACAGUUGCAGCUCCGUUGGACCGAGAAACUCAGGAUCUUUAUCAGUUAAUUGCUCGCGCUACCGAUGAAGGUGGAUUCAAUACGGAUCUGUCUUUCACGAUAUCCGUCAAUGAUGUCAACGAUUCUCCGCCGAAAUUCGAGAAAGAUGAAUUCGAUGUUGAUCUUUUGCUUCCAUCCAAUGCUCUUAUUCUUCAUUUCGACAUCAAAGAUGAGGACCUGGCACCCAAUAACCAUUCACUUCUCUUCAUUUCUGAAGGAAACGAAGAAGGUGUUUUCUGGAUUGAUUCGGAAAAUAAUCUUCUACUGAAACGACCGGAAAUUGUGGAGAACAAAAAAGAGUAUUCUCUGAAAAUUAUCGCAUUCGAUGGAGUGUUUGAAGCAAAAACUUUGGUCAAAAUUCAUUUAAAAUCAAAGGAAGAUGUGAAGACAAGAUGCCCAGAUGUGGAAAAAACUGUGAUUCUUCCUGAAAGUUCGAAAAAAGGAACUGUAGUUUUCGGCGAAUCGAGUCUUCUCGGGCCCAAUACCACAUUCAAGUUGAUUGAGGAAGGAGCUGAAAAUGCUUUCGUGAUGAAUUUCCGAAAUGGAAUCAUCAAAGUCAAAGAAGUAGGGCAAAUCGAUUAUGAGAAAACUCAAGAAUUCGAACUCAUCCGACUCACAAUUCAAGGAAAAGAUGAGCUAUGCAAAGAGAGGAUAACAGUGAAAAUCGAGAAUCUGAACGACAAUCCACCAAAAAUAAAGGAAAAAUCAGUUUAUGUUUCAAUAGAAGAAAACUUGCCAACGAGUCAAGAUUCCCGACAGUAUCUGACUCGAAUCGCAGCAGAAGAUGCGGAUUCUGACGACAUCCAUUUCCGAUUGUUGGAUGACUUCAACAAAACUUUUGAAAUCGAUGAAUUUAGUGGAGUCGUGACUGUUCUGAAACCAUUGGACUCGGAAUCAGUCUCUUCGUUUAAUUUGACUGCUAUUGCCAGUGAUGGAAACUUUGAAGAUAAAGCUAUCAUCGUUGUCACAGUGAUUGACAAAAACGACAAUGCUCCUACGUUCGAAAAAUCGACUUAUUCGAUGAAGGUGAUGGAAUCGGAGGCAGUUGGCUAUGAACUAGCACGUCUGCAAGCGUUUGGAGGCGAUACAAACGAAACGAUCGAAUAUUCAUUGAAGGCUUCCGAUCAUAAUAAGUUUGUCAGUUUGAAUGCCCAAAAUGGAGUUCUCACAUUGGCACAACCUCUGGACUUUGAAACGAUUUCCACCUUGAGACUUACUGUAAUUGCAAAGGAUUCUGGAAUUCCACCAUUGGAAAGCGUGGCUCAAGUGGAAAUAUCUGUAAUGGAUGAGAACGAUAAUGCACCGAAAUUCGAAAAGGAGAAGUACACAGGAAAAGUGAAAGAGAACUCAAAAGUUGGAGAAAAAGUGUUAACUGUGAAAGCAGUCGAUGCAGAUAGUGAACAUUUCGGAGCAGUUUCAUACGAGUUGGAGCUGAUCGCGGAUAAAGCAUCAGAUGAUUCUCUUCCUACCACUUCUGUGACUCCUCCUUUCUCGAUCAACGCUAAUGGAGAUGUUCUGAUCAAUCAACCGAUUGAUUACGAGAAAACCAAGAAGUAUAACCUGAAAUUGAUUGCAAAAGAUGGCGGAAGACCUCCUCUUGUAUCAGAAGCACUAUUGGACAUCCACGUAGGAGAUGAAAAUGACAAUGCACCAGUUUUUGACGAUUGCAAUAUGACAGCCGUUGUUCAAGAGGGUGAAUCUAUUGGACAUAAAGUUCUGAAAUUUUCAAUUUCCGAUUUGGAUGGUCCGACGAAUGGAGCUCCUUUCACUGUCGAAAUUCAAGGGGAUGGAGCGAAAUCAUUUAAAGUUAAUGAUAAAUUAGAACUUUUGACCGCGAAGAAGUUGGAGCAUCGAAAUAAAGAUAAGUAUUUGCUGACGGUUAUUGCAAAGGAUACCAAAGGAAAAUCCACUGAUUGCCCACUAACAGUCUUUAUAAGACAAGCUAGUCGUCAUGCUCCAACAAUGAAACCGAUGAAGAUUCAAGUGAACACAUUACAAAACGAGUUGCCAGAAGGAGUGAUCGGAAGGUUGAAAGCAUUCGAUGAAGACGAAGAAGAUCAAAAUGGUCUUUUACGAUUUGGAAUCGUCGAAGGAUCCACUCAAAGUCCAAGAGUACAGAUGCAGGAAUCUCGUCCAACUCAUUUAUUCCGCAUUGAUCCAACCACAGGAGAUAUUUGGUCAGAUCAUUCGAUUCCCCAAGGAUUGCACACUUUCAAUGUGACGGUCUCAGAUGGUAAAUUUACUACUGUCAGCUAUGUUGAAGUUCAAGUUAAUUCAAUUGAUAAUGAUGUCAUCGAUCACGCUGUGUCAAUUAGAAUCCGAUCAAUGACAGUGGAGGAUUUUAUGAAGAACCACGUCAAGGAGUUCCGCCGAAUCAUCUCACACCAUCUCAAUUUGAACGAUGAGAAUAGUAUUCAAUUGAUCAGUGUCCAACAAGUUCCUUCCACGGAUUCAGCGAGAAACAGACGCAGUAAAAGAGGACCAUCGGAAGACGUAGAAGUUCUAAUGACAGCUCAACGCGGGCAUGGAAGAGGUUAUUUGAAGCCAGACCAUGUUUAUUCACGACUGAAGAACGACUUCCAAAAUAUGAACGAUCAGAGUCAAAGAAUGCGAUAUCAACUCAUCACGGAAAUGUGUACAACUGGAGUUUGUCUUCGUGGAGAAUGCCGAGAAGUGAUUGAGCUGAUUGAUGAUAGUUGGACCAAAGUUUCAACUGAAGAGUUCUCAUUUGUUUCACCUUUCCACUCCCGAUUCGCUCAAUGUCUUUGUCCAGAUGGUUUUGGUGGAAAACGGUGUGAAAUAGAAACGAACCAAUGUUCAAAAUCUCCAUGUGAGCAAUGGCAAAUGUGUAUUCCUUCUGUCUUUAAUUCCACUUUCGAAUGUGUUUGUCCAUUAGGAAUGGAAGGAGACAGAUGCUUGGUUCCUUCGUGUAAGAACGACGGAAAGUGUUUAGAAGAAGCCGAACUCUCGGUCGGUGGAGAUGGUUACUUUGAAAUUUCACUUUCCAACGAAAUAGAGUCCCGAAUGGAGUUGGAAAUCGAAUUAAAAACAACCUCUCCGAAUGGCAUAAUCAUGUGGAGUCGUGGAAGACACGAUUAUCAUAUGCUCCGGCUUGUCAACGGAUCUGCACAAUACCACUGGGAUGCAGGAACUGGAACUGGAAUCGUCACUUCUAAGACUCUAAUUGUUGAUGGUCAAUGGCAUCGAAUUACAAUUUCCAGAAGGCAGCGAAGAACACGAAUGACUGUUGAUGAUGACGGUUUAGAGGAAGCUUUCAGGUUUGUAAUGUGCACAGUUUCAGUUUUAAUUAAUAAUACGAUUUUCAGUCCUGUUGGUUCCACGGUUGUCAAUUUGCAUCGUUACUCUCAAAAACUAGUCCUCGGAGCGAAAGUGGAGAAUGGACAACUGACAGAUGGUAUUUCAGGCUGCUUCCGAACAAUUUCAAUUGAUGGAAUAAAAGUUUUGAAAACGAGACAAGGAAUGAAACUGUUUGGAGUUCAGCCAGGAUGCUCUGCUCUGACGUCAUCUCCUUGUAACGAUUUGCCUUGUAAACAUGGAGGAACUUGUGUUUCACAUGGAAAAUCCCAGUUUGUUUGUCAAUGCACAUCUCGAUAUUCUGGAGACACAUGUGAAAUCGAUUUGGAGCCAUGCUCAUCUACUCCAUGCCCGACCGGAAUUCAAUGUAUCCCCUUCUACAAUGACUACCUAUGCAAGUGUCCCAAUGGUUUCACUGGAAAACACUGCGAGGCACGUGGAUUCGAAGAUCACGAAACCUCCUCAUGCUCCAAAAAUGUUUGUGGAUCAUCUGGGCAAUGCAUCUCAAUUCCAAGACACUCUCUGGAAAGUUCUGAUUUUAUAUGCAACUGUACUGGUGGUGUACUCCAAUCCACUCCGUGCACUGAAAAAUCAGAAAUCCUCACAAAUGUUCUGGAAUUCCUUCUGAAAGCCGAAAUUGUAAUUGUACUUCUGGGCGUUCUCUUUUUACUCCUCAUAUGUUGUUUGGCUUUCGUCACGUGGAAGUGUUGUAAGAAGAAGGGAGAUCCAAAAUACGGAGCUCACUGUGAUGUGCCUCACAUGAGAAACACUCGAGUUCUUGUUCCUGUUGUUCCACCACCACUCCCGCCACGUGGAUUCCGAAACGAAUCAUCCAAUUUCAUCGGAUUAUCAACAUCAUCAGCAACAACUUCGACUCGUCCAAUGGUUGAAGUCAAACCGUAUUCCUCAGAUAUUCGAUAUUCAAGAUCUCCAUCUGCAUGUGGAAGUUCAAAGGGUUCUAGACGAGAUCCAUUACCAUCCGACAAAUUCAGAAGACCUGAAGAAGUCGGAAAUAGGAUUCGAAAUUCAGAUCGGAGAGAUCCACGUGGAGAUGUGCUAACUUCUUUGAGAACUUCACCAGACGAUUGGUUGGGAAUAGAUGAUCGAAUAGAUUCUGCAUUGAAAUACUCUCGUGCUGCCGCUGGAGCAUUAGUUGUGGGUGACACGGAACUUAUGCCUGUCGUCAAUGAUGAUGACUACAUGACAAUGAAACCAAGAAAAGAUCAGAACUUCGAGAAAGGACCUCCAGCUGUACCAGCCCAUGCCACCCCAUUGGAAUCUGUUCUUAAAAUGUCAUCUUCCAGUGUGGAUGAGGCUCCUAGGAAUGCUCUUUAUGACGAUCCAAUAUCUCUAAAUUCGCAAUCGUUUGACGAUAUUGAUGAGGAAGUCAACAUUCACAUAUCCUAA